AAACAAAUACAGAUACGGUAGUCUAGUUACAGUUUAGUUUUUCUGAGGAAACUGAAUUGAAUUGAUGGUUUUCUUCUGAUUGUUGAUCUGCAGGUGAAUACUCGUCAACAGACAGAACGACAUCUCAAGAAAGAGAAGAGGAAACUUGGAACCAUUGAACAAUUGUGCCAGGUUGUGUUGUUCAAAGGUCGUAAAACAGGUAGGAUGGGAACGUUUGUCUGGAGGCUUGAUGCCAUCUUUGGUCGGUACAGCUCCAUCCCAGUUGGGUGAUGAAAAAUAGGUUCGAUGCUUGUGGCUUGCAUAAACUGGCUUUCAGUUGAGGGUGUUUACUAUUCUUUCUAUCAAAUGUUCAGAAACAAAGCUGAAGCAACUGCCCUUGAACGCAAGAGGAGAGGGAUUGGUGAUGGAUCAGUUGGGAUGUUUUCCUCACUUGUUGUGGCUGCUAUGGCAGGGUGUGUAAAUCAGUAAAUGUGCUGUUGACAAACCCCAUUUGGUUGGUUGUAACCCGGAUGCAGACUCAUUCAAAGAUCUCAAAGAAAUCGACAUCACAGUCUAAUUAGCCACUGUCACCAGCUGCGGAUGAAACGGUUCUUUCUGUAGUUGAGCCUAUUUCUUAUGGGACUAGCCAUGUGAUUCAAGAAGUCUAUGAUGAAGCUGGAUUUUGGGCUUCUGGAAAGGUGUAUUUCCAACAUUGAUCAUGGUGAGCAAUCCCUCCAUACAAUUUAUGCUUUAUGAAACAAUGUUGAAGAAGUUGAAGAAAAGACGUUCUCUCCUUAAGCAGGGUAACAAUGGAGUGACUGCUUUGGAGAUAUUUUUUCUGGGAGCUUUUGCAAAACUUGGAGCCACUGUUGUGACAUAUCCACUUCUUGUUGUAAAGUCAAGGCUACAAGCAAAACAAGUUACAACUGGCGAUGAAAGGCAUCAUUACAAAGGUUGAUUCCAAUUGUUCUUGGUCUGAUCUAUGACAGAGACUUGUAAGAGAAGCCGGUUAACCACAACCGUCCCAGGAUAACUGGAUAGAUACCUUUUACUUUGCACCCAUCAUUGUUCUAAUGUUCCAUGUUCAUUUAUGUUUCAAUAUAUAUAGGAACGUCAGAUGCUAUCCUCAAGAUGAUCCACUAUGAAGGUUUUUCUGGCUUCUACAAAGGCAUGUGCACAAAAAUUGUACAGAGUGUUCUUGCAGCUCCUGUUUUAUUCAUGGUAAAGGAAGAACUGGUAAGGGGUGCUCGGUUUCUACUCACCCCAAGUACAAUGAAAUCAAUGUCUCCUU